AUGUUGAUGAUAAUUCUGGCUCGUUUACAACCUCUAUUCAUUGGGGCUAAUUUGCAAAGAACUUUACCAUCUUCAUAUAUAUUACAAAACAGUGUGAGAUUCAACUCAAGCUCUUCAGCCCAACAAGCUACUACAGAAAUUCAAAAAUCUCUUCAAUCAUUCGAUCAAGUUGCAGAACAAGCUGUCGAUGUAACAAGUCAAGCUGUGGGUGAAGCAUCCUUACAAUUUGGUUAUUUACAAUCCAUAGGGUUAGCUAAAUCUUGGUGGUGGCCUCCAGAACUUAUUCAACAUGUGUUGGAAAUAGUUCAUGUCUCAACAGGAUUACCAUGGUGGGCUACUAUUACAAUUACCACUAUUGGUAUCCGUGCUCUUUUAUUCCCAUUAUACGUCAAAUCUUCAGAUACGAUGGCUAGAAACUCCAAAAUUAAACCACAAUUAGAUGCUAUUCAAGAGGAAAUGUAUACAGCAACUGAUAUGGCUGAAAAUCAAAAAGUUAUGUUGAAACGUAAGAAGUUGUUAGCUGAUAAUGGUGUCAAAACUCGUUACUUGUUAGCUCCAGUCCUUCAACUUCCUUUAGCUCUUGGUUUCUUUUCAGGUUUACGUGGUAUGGCAAAUGCUAAUGUCGAUGGUUUCUCUACUCAAGGUGCCUUAUGGUUUCAAGAUUUAACUGCUGCUGACCCAUACUUAGCCUUACAAUGUUUAUCAGCUGCUGUUAUUAUGGGGUUCAUGAAAUUAGGUGGUGAAACUGGUGCUCAACAAUUCAGUCCUCAAAUGCAAAAAAUUAUGUUGGUUUUACCAUUGGUUUCUAUUCCUGCUACCAUGAGUUUAUCAAGUGGUGUUGUUUUAUAUUUCUUUGUCAAUGGUCUAUUCUCUGUGUUACAAACUACCUUAUUGAGAAAUAAAGCAUUCAGACAUAAAAUGGGUAUUGCUGAUAUCGUUAAACCACCACCAGCUGAUCCAAAUGCCCCACAAAAAGGUAUUGCUGAUGCUUUCAAAGAACAUUUCGAUAAAGCUAAGAAAAAAGCUGAAAAGAAAGCUGAACAACAAGAACAAGAACAAGUUGCCAAAAAAUUAGCUGAGGCUAGAAGAAAAAAUGGUGAAAUUAAGAUUGUCAGAAGACCAAAAAAUUAA